CGACAUGACCACUGACAUAAAUAAUGAGCGGUUGAACCGAUUCACAAAACUGAAUCGAUCCGAUCACCAACUCACCGAAUAUUCAACCAAAAAGGAGUCCUACUCUAAUAAACCUAGCACCGCAGCAUGAGCUGAUAGUAACUCGAUUUGGAGCAAAACAAAUGACUUUACUGAAGAGGCAAAAAGUACUAAAGGGCAGAUGGCUAAAAGCAGAUUUAAAAUUCUUCUUGCUCUAAUAUGUAUCUCUAUUACUUCAACGCUGAUUUUGGCAUAUAAUAGUGGUUAUCCACUUUACCAAUAUUUGACUGCUUUCUAUAAUACACAAAGAAUCACAGAAGCUUUAAAUUCAAUAACGCCAAUCAAAGACUCACAGCAUUUCAUGGUGUCUGCGUUUAUUGACCACAGACUGGACGGGGUCAUUCGAGUCAUCAGCAUAAUCAAAAGAAACAGUCUUCAACCACUUUACUGUGUUUACUGCAACGCCAAAGAAGUCUGCAAAACUGUUCACACUGAUGUCCAGAUACACGAAGACCAUUUUGGCUUCCCGUUUCACGUCUCAGAUGUGAUUUGUAAAGGUAAACACAUGCAAAAUGCAACACAUGUCCUUAUAUCAACUAAAGAUUCAGAUAACAAUGUUACGGAGUACCUGCCAAUAAAAAAUCGGGUCCAAUUGAACACCUUUAAGUAUGACUUCACAGUUUGCAUCUCCACCCUUUUUGGCAACUACAACAAUGUACUGCAGUUUGCUCAAGCGAUUGAGAUGUACAAGCUUCUGGGUGUACAGCAUGUGGUCAUCUAUAAAACUAGCUGUGGACCGGACUUGGAAAAGCUCUUAAAACAUUAUGAAACAGAAGGGAUGAUGGAGAUCGUUUCAUGGCCUAUCGAACAGUUUCUGAACCCGUCGUCAGGCUGGAACUUCCAGCAGCACAAGGGUGACGUCCAUUAUUAUGGUCAGUUGGCAACACUCAACGAGUGCAUUUACAGGCACAUGUACCAAUCCAAGUACGUUCUCCUGAAUGACAUUGAUGAAAUCAUCAUGCCUUACAAACAUGACAAUUUAUCAUCUCUUAUGAAGUACCUUGAGUCUGCUCAUCCCAGGGAAAGUGUAUUCAUUUUUGAGAGCCACGUAUUCCCCAAAUCACAGUUUGAGGAGAGUGGGAAGUUCAAACGAGCAGAAUGGAAGAAUAUUCCCGGUGUCAAUAUCAUGGAGCACAUCUACAGAGAACCUAAUCCAAAGAACACUUACAAUCCCACAAAGAUGAUUGUCAACCCAAGGAAUGUGCUGCAAACCUCAGUACAUUCCUCAUUGAAAAACUAUGGAUAUUUUCACCGUGUAGAAUUUCAUGUUUCUAGGAUGAUACAUGUGAGAGAACCAAUGGAGGUGAAUCUUACUAAAGAGGAACUGUUUGUGGACAAAAGAAUUUGGGACUUUGAGCAAAAACUGAUACCAAAUGUUGACCGGGCUUUGAAGCUUUCAGGUUUGUAAAAGCCUCACUGAUGACAUGAAGUAUUUUUAACAAAGAAGAUUCGAGGAAGCAUGUGGUAAAUAAACUGAUCCCAUUUUGUUUUCCUCCUUGUCAUCAUCCUAUUCUUGGCAGGUUUAAAUCUGCACCAGUAGUCUAGUCUGAAUAAAUGACAGUCACAUAUUGCAUGUUACA